GUGUCAUUGACCGAGUUAAAAUAUCACGACUUACGAGUAAGGUUUCGUGUAAUUGGAUUGUUGUAUUAAAAAUUGGUUUUAUGAAUUAAUUUCAUUACUAAGACACCUGCACCAGUCUUCAAAAUGUGGCUCGAUCAAGCAGAUGGAUUUGAUGAGAUAUUUAAGGGAUAUUUGCCAUAUUAUUUACUAGUAAUGUUUCCAAUUUUGAUUAUAAUGUCUCCGGUCAAUCCUGUUGCCGCUUCUCAUGAAUUUUCCGUCUAUAGAAUGCAACAAUACGAUCUUCACACAGUGCCCCAUGGAUGUCGUAGUGCAAGCUUCAACCUGGAAGGCCGAUCCCUCACUUCAUGGAGUACUUCUCGUCAUUGUGUUGUAGCAAGAAUCCAAGACAUCACAAUUGAGCAGUUUAUUGACAUCAGAAGCAAAGCUGGUGCUCUCUUGCUUGUGCUUCCUAAAAAUGAUACUGUUUUGACCGAUGAUGAGAGAGAGCACAUUUAUCUACUAGAAGCAGUUAUGGCUCAACAAGAGAUUAACUUGCCAGUCUACUUUGCCGAGUGGACUUCGGACUUUGAGUAUAUAAUCAAAGACCUACAACAUAGCUUUAUAACUGAUGAAAAGUCUGGAACUGCACUUGAAGCAAUGUUUAAUACUGUAUCAUCUAAUGGAUAUCAGAUAGUUGUGUCAACAUCAGCUGUGCAGAAAUUAGACUCAAAACCGACAACACUGCAUGGAAAGUUAGUUGGCCGAGCUCUCUCUUCCCAAACUAUAGUGAUUGCUGCUCAUUAUGAUGCUUCGAGUGUUGUUCCAGAGUUAUCCUUCGGCGCUGAUUCCAACGCAUCGGGUGUGGUCGCACUACUGGAAUUAGCACGUGUUUUUUCACGUCUAUACGGCAGUGCUGCAGUGCGUGGUGGUCCCUCUAUUCUCUUUGUGUUGGUGUCAACAGGACAUUCUCUUAAUUAUUUUACGACCAAAAAAUGGCUUGAAGAGCACUUGGACACAGCUGAUUCGUCGUUAUUGCAGGAUGUUUCAUUUGUAAUGUGCCUCGACUCAAUAUCGUCCGGUCCACUAACAAUGCACGUGUCCAAGCCGCCUAAACCCGGCACCGCGGCACAUUCCAUCAAGUCUCGUCUAUCAGCGCCCUUCGUUCACAAGAAGAUCAACCUGGCUGACGAAUUACUCGCCUGGCAUCACGAACGAUUCAGUAUUAGACGGAUGACCGCCUUCACAUUAAGUUCUUUGCAGAGUCACAAGGAGGCACGUAAAUCGUCCCUGCUAGACACAUACCGGGAAACAUCUAUGGACACAUUAGUAGAAAAUAUACGGACUACGGCGCGUGCGCUGGCCUCUCACGUGUAUGACGUCACGAAUGAAACUAGUGGAGAGGACUCGGCCAUGUUUGAUGAGGCUUUGAACGUAGAUGAAGCUUCAGUGCGCAGUUGGUACAAAUACUUAUCGUCUCAGGCGCGGGCGCCUCAUCUGCUCACUGCUAGUACUGGAGGUGUAAACGCUGCAUUGGAAAGAGCAAUGUCUCGUUACAUGGAGGUCACAAGUUCGAUUCACGUUGUUGAUAAAAGGGAACCCGAGUACACAUUGUACGGACCAACCAAAGCUGUAUUAUAUGUUUAUAGUGUAAAACCAGCCGUGUUCGAUCUCAUUCUCACUUUGGCGAUAAUCGCCUAUCUAUCUCUAGUCUAUUUUGCGAUACAAAUAUUCCCGCGUUUCUAUACGGAAUACGCAAAAGUUGUUACCGGUAAGGAGAAAGUGUACUAAGUCUUUAGGCCUGUUUAGUUCAGUAUUGGCACCGUAAGCGUGCUUCAAAUAAAACGCGCAGUGUAAAACAAUAGAAAACAUUUCAAUAUAACAUUUUGACAAUUGACAGCUAACAUUCAUAAAAGUAAUAUCGUAUUACUCUUUUUUAACUAAAGUACUCGAGUCUUUUAAUGGCGUAAAAAAAUUUGACAGAAAGAGACAAAAGACUACUGAAGUAUUAGAUUCUGUAAACUCAAAUAUGUGAUCAAACUCACACUAAAAAAAUUAAUAAGGUGUAAUUAUAAAUAGAAGCAAUACUGUGUUCAUAAACGCGCGACCACUUGAACUAAGGGAAUGGCCGAUUUUUUCUUAACACCAUAGACAAAUAAUAGAGGUAAAUCUAUUUAUCUGCCACCAUUAUUGGUGGCAGA